GGCGGGACGGUGUAGUGUAGGAAAGGGAUAAACACAGAAGUGGCCCUGUCAGGCCAGGGCGGCUCUCUAUGAACCAGGAGCCGUGGUGGGGCUUUGCCCUCCCCCAGAGGAGAGGAUAGGAGCCCCCCUCCAGCCAGGAGACUGCUGGGAGAGAGGGGUGUACAAAGAGGAAGUUUCCCCAUCUUGGGGCUCCCACUCCCUGAAGGACCACAGUCUGACCCAAGCAGAGACCCCAGAACCAGAGGGAAUGGCCCCCAGGACCCAGAGGCCCCCAUCCCAGGGGUCAAUAACAUUCAAGGAUGUGGCUGUGAACUUCACCCAAGAGGAGUGGUGCCUGUUGGAUCAUUCUCAGAAAGAACUGUAUAGGGAGGUCAUGCUGGAGAAUGUGCAGAAUCUACUCUCUAUGGAGCUUCCAGUUCAUAGAGAAGAUUUUAUCUCCUGUUUUCAGCAAAAGGAAUCACUAUGGCUACUAGAGCAUAAAGGCCCAAAGAGCUCCUGUCCAGAGGCAGAAGCUAAUUUUGAAGUGAAGGAGAUGUCUGCAAAGCUGAGCCUUUUUGUGGAAGGAUUUGGCCCCCAAAGAUACAUGAAUGAGGAUCCCUGUUACUUUAUUUUGAGAGAAAUGUAUGACUCUAAUAUCAAGGUAAAUAAAAAUCCAAAAAGUGACUGUGAAUGCGAAGAACCUGCAGAGAAAUUCAGCCAAUAUUCAGUCCUAAAUCGGUAUAUAAAAUUGAACUCAAGAAAUGACUGUUGGCAGGAUAGUGAAUACAGCAAAUGCUUUCCUGAAGAAGUAGGAUUUAUUCAGUCACCUAAGAAACCUGAAAUGCCCACAUAUCAAGGUAACCCAGGGGGAAUGGCCUUUGGUUGGAGUUUAGGCCUCAUUAGAUAUCCAAAAAGUAAAUGUGUAGAAGUGCUCUCUGUGAGUAAUAAAGGUGGGAAACCUUUCAGUCAGAACUCUGAGCUUGGUUCACAUCAAAUAGUCCACACUGGAGAGAAACCUUAUGAAUGUAAACACUGUGGAAAGGCUUUCACAGUGAUGGGCUCUCUUGCCAGACAUCAAAUAAUCCACACUGGAGAGAAACCUUAUGAAUGUAAACACUGUGGAAAGGCUUUUAUAUGGAGGGGUGAUCUUGAUAAACAUCAGAGAAUCCACACUGGAGAGAAACCAUAUGAGUGUACACAAUGUGGAAAGACUUUCACAGAGAGGAGCAAUCUUGCUAAACAUCAGAGAUUCCAUACUGGAAAGAAACCUUAUGAAUGUAAACACUGUGGAAAGGCUUUUAUAUGGAGGGGUGAUCUUGAUAAACAUCAGAGAAUCCACACUGGAGAGAAACCUUAUGAAUGUACACAAUGUGGAAAGGCUUUCACAGAAAGGAGCAAUCUUGCUAAACAUCAAAGAUUCCACACUGGAGAGAAACCUUAUGAAUGUAAACAGUGUGGAAAGGCUUUUACAGUGAAGAACAAUCUUGCUGAACAUCAGAGAAUCCACACUGGAGAGAAACCUUAUGAAUGUACACAAUGUGGAAAGGCUUUUACACGGAGGGGUGAUCUUGCUUUACAUCAGAGAAUCCACACUGGUGAGAAACCUUAUGAAUGUAAACAGUGUGGAAAGACUUUCACACGGAGGGGCCCUCUUACUGAACAUCAAAGAAUCCACACUGGAGAGAAACCUUAUGAAUGUAAACAAUGUGGAAAGGCUUUCAUACGAAGGGGUAAUCUUGAUAAACAUCAGACAAUCCACAGUGGAGAGAAACCUUAUGAAUGUAAACAAUGUGGAAAGGCUUUCACACGGAAGGACCAUCUUGCUGUACAUCAGAGAAUCCACACUGGAGAGAAACCUUAUGAAUUUAAACAGUGUGGAAAGGCUUUCACACACAGGGACAAUCUUGCUGUAUAUCAGACAAUCCACACUGGAGAGAAACCUUAUGAAUGUAAUCAGUGUAGAUAGGCUUUCACAUGGAGGGGCAAUCUUAGAGCAUCCACAUUGGAGAGAAACUUUUAUCAAUGUAAUCAAUUUGGAUAGGCUUUCACAUAAAGUUCCACAGUUGCUUCAUGUCAGAAAAUUCCCACUGGAGAGAAACUUCAUGAGUAAGACUGAAUUUAUUGUUGCCACUCUUAGCUUAUUCAACAUAAGAGGAUCUACACUAGAAAGAAACUUUAGGAAUAUGGUCAAUGUGGUAAGACCUUUAGGCAACAAUCGUCUCUUAUUCCCAAGCAAGAAUUCCUUUUGGAUAGAAGGCUUAUUGCUAUCAUUUUAAUAACUAAAUUAAACUACAGUCCUUAAUUUCCA